AUGGAGAAGACCCACCUAAUUCGAUGUAACCUACAGGAGGAAAUGGAGAAGACCCACCUGAUUCGAUUGGGAGUAUACACUCAACCCACAUGGACCUUCACAGAUUGGGAGUAUACACUCAACCCACAUGCCCCCUUCACAGAUUGGGAGUAUACACUCAACCCAUAUGCCCUUCGUAACCUGGGAGUAUACACUCAACUCACAUGCCCUCUAUGUAACCUACAGGAGGAAAUGGAGAAGACCCACCUGAUUCGGUGUCAAGCUCUUAAGACAACAACGGAAACC